AUGUUGAUUCCCUUCGUGGGAAUCUUCGUGGGCAUGACUCUCUGGAGUCAGUGGUUCCCCAUCCCGGGAUUCACUGCUCCAGAGCAGUCGUUCGUGCGGCGUCUGUCUGGUACGUUCCAGCUGACGAUGGAGUCUUGGGCCUUCUGUGACCUGGUGAAAGCUGCCGCCUCCCAGCGCGAGUAUCCUGUAUGGGAGUCGCAUCCUCACGUUGGCCAUGGGUAUGCAAACUCGACGGGCUUUCUGGUUAUCAGCCUUGGUACGGAUGUCAUUGUCCAGCCUGGACUGGUCGAUGAUAUGCCGCCCUGGUUUCCAACCCCGUUCCUGGUACCCAUCCCGGUCUCGCUUUGGUCAAGUGAUGAUGGAGUGACAUCUUCCGAUCCCAAGGAAUUUAUCUACAUCCUCUCACCUAGAUCAGAGCCUGGGCAAGGCUUCUUUCUCAAGUUGGUGCUUAUCGGUAUUUGGCUUUUUGUCCAAGCCCCCUGGGUCUUGAUUGCUUACGAACGGCAAUUGUACGAUGGACUUGAAACCUUUGCUGUGUGGAUUCCGAAGUUUCUCGAGGGCCAACCACAGAUUGUCCGUGUGAUAUUUCUGACCGAGGAUGGUUCAUUUCCCUUUGACCUGGAGAUGGAUCGUCUGAUCGCGGGCCCAACAGAAACGGAGGAGGAAAUUCUUGCUUGGGUCUUGUCCGCAGACAGUUGUCCCGAGUCUGUGUCUCAUGUGUCGGUUCUCUCUCGGCUUGGAGGUAUCUGGGUCCACCGGAUCACCCCUGGCCUGGGAGUUGAGCAGUCACAGGACUCAGAAUCGGCUUGCAAUACCACCAACCCGAUUAGCACUACGGAUGACGCUCGCACGAACUUGGUCUUGCAGCAUCCCUGGGGCUCGAUGGCUCUCUACGCCUCCGGCCAUGACGAUUCUCCGGCUCCGGCUGAGAGUCCGAUUGGCAACGGUGCGGAAGAUGAGCGUCCUGAUCCCACCCCGACGUACUUCAGCAAGAAGAACCGUCCGUCGCAAGCUAAGAGAUGUCGCGCUGCAAAGAAAGCACAACAGGAAAAGAAGGAACUAAAGCAUUCUAAUGUUUUAGCCUCUUACGCUUCCAGUGCUUCUCUUGCGAUGUCUUCGAGCUCGACGCUUUCCCCGGCUUUGGCUCCGGUCUUCAUUUCUGGUCGUUUGGCGGAGCAGGAUGAUCUGCAGAGUGGUCCUUUUUCUUCGGCUCCCUUGUUCGCUAACGUGGGCAUUGAUCCUCCUACGGACUGUGGUACGACUUCGCCUGAUGACAACGCUUCUUCCCAGCCGUCCCGUCGCCGUCGUCGUCCUCGACAGCGUCAUGCCUAG